AUGGAAAGAGUGGCCCAAUCCAAGCCGUUUCAAGGCAGCUGGGCCGAAGAGACGAGUGAAUACGAGGCAGGUUCCUCAGCCCAGGAGAUGGAAACCUACAUAGAGUCAAAAUACGUUCAAGACGUCUAUGUCAACUGGCUGCCCUAUUUCCUAGACAGGCAACGUCUGAUCGGAUCGGCACUGCCAAAAAGGUACCUUAACGGCUCAUCAAGACCUGACAGAUGA